AUGACAGCAACAGAUGAAUGUAGUUAUAUCAAACUGAGAGUUUCAUGUAUGAUAUAAACACAGCUGGUUGUCAGUGUGUGAGUGAGGUGGAGGGGCCUGCAGGGGCCGCUGUUGUUCCGUGUUAAAACCAACCCAGGGCGCAGAGUGACUCGUCAUCACGCUGCACUUCCUGUGCACUCCGCAUCAUCCCCCGCCGCCUUCACACCAAACAAGCAUUUAACUAACGCAGUUUAACUUCACUAAACACAGGAGUGGAAUCAAUGCAAUUAGUAGAGUGAGCAGCAUAACGUACAGGUAUCCCUGAUCUUCCUCUGUGUCCAUGGAGUCACACAGAAAUGAGUCUCCAGGUCCAACUGAAGUCAUCAACUCUAUUCGGGAGCGCACAAUUGCAGAGAACAGCAUGGUGGUCCUGCUGCAGGGUCUGCAGGGAGAGGUGACAACGGUGGACCUGAAGAAUGAAAGCACAGCACAGGGCCGCGUGGUCAAUGUGGACGCCUUCAUGAACGUACGGCUGGAGGAUGUGCUGUACCAGGACAGACGGGGUCAGCUCACCCGGCUGCAGGACCUGUUUGUCACCGGCAGGAACAUCCGCUACGUUCACAUCCCAGACCACGUGGACAUAAUGAAGACCAUACAGAGCCAGCUGGCCAAGAUCCACCGAGUCCGCAACUUUGCCAGUCACGGAGGAGGCAGAAAAGAGUACAUCAAUAAACCAAAAUAACUUUUUCAUUUUUUAUCCAAGGACCUAAAACUCUGUAUCUCACACGAGACCAGCAGUUUACAACCUGCAGGAUCACAAAAUAAUUCAACAAUGACACGUUGUGUUGAUAAAAUCCUCCCAAUGAAACCGCCUGAGAAGAAAAAACUGACUCUUUAGUUGAACUUCUUUCUUGUGCACACUGAGGCCAUGACCUGUAAGCUGCAACUAACUAUUAUUUUCCAUAUUAAUUGAUCCAUCUUUUCUCUACAAAAUAUUAAAACUGAAAAUGUACCAUCAUACUUUCCAGGA